GAUAUGAACCAGUCAAUAACAGGGGACCUAAUUUGGGCUUCACUCCGUUCAAAUUAAAACCUGUAGUUUUGUCGACGAAUUUCGCGACUGCUGGCCGCUGCUGUUUCAUCGUCUAGAUAAACCGUAUCCAAUGUUCAAAGCCAGGAAUGUCCAAGACAAGGAGUACGAUAGAAAACAGAAUCAUAAUGAUGCAUCUGCAUCUACGAAGAAGAGAUUUUAUGAGAAGGGUUAUUCAGAUCUUAACCAUGAUAUUCUUUUUUUGAUUAUGAUGCAACUGGGGAUCGUUGAUUUUAUUUGGUUUAGUGGAGUUUGCAAGUCAUGGAGAUCACUAGCACUCUCCAACUGGAAGAUGUUUAUGGCAUCCAGACUCCCCGUUUCUAUGCGAAUCACUUAUCGACCUUAUGAGAAGAAAGAGUGGUACUUAGAGUUAGAAGAGUCUGAAGGAAGAAAGUUCAAAACUUUCAUUCCCCAUUCUGAUGGUGGCAGGACCUUUUUUGGGUCAACUCGUGGCUACUUAGUAUUUUUUGUGUGGAAAACACGUGAUUUCUGGCUUGUGAAUCCUAUCACAAGGCAUGAACUUCAUUUUCCCGAUCACCCCUUAAUUGUAUAUUUUUCCCGGCCAACAGGCUUGAAGGCUAUCCUUGUCUUUUCCCCUUCAGACACAGUAGUAUCUGAGUGGGUGCUUGUGGUUUCAAAAAGAUUCUGCGAUUCAAUAUGGUUUUCUGUAGCGGGUAGUCGAUCCUGGACUGAGGUUAAUGUGCCCUCCAUUACUUCUGCCAUAUAUGAUCUACAUUUCUUCAAGGAGAAGAUAUAUGUCUUAUUCAGUUGUUCUUUAUAUGUGUUACAACUCUAUCCAAACCCCAAAUUUACAUUACUCCAGACCAAUAAUUUUCAAUGUUCAUGCUACUGGGGGGAGUUUGUAAGUACAGCUGCAAACUUGUAUGUGAUGAUUAAUUUGGACUGGCUUCACAAACUAGAUUUUGAUGAAAUGAAGUGGGUGCGCUGUGAAAAGGUUGAUGAACAUGCAGAUGUUAAACUUGGGAUUUGGGCUAACAUUUGGUCAAUGUGGUACUUUCCGCAUGAUUUUUUAAAUGUUAAUCUCUUACACCAUAAGCCAUAGACGUAUGUAUGACAAGUCAAACUGGAUUUUUAUUUGAAACAUUUAAACAUUUUGUGAUCCGAUGGUGGAUUUGAAUUUUGCAGUGUAUUGUUUAAAUACAUGAUUCUUGA